CAGCGAUAUCAAAUAAUGUGCUUUACAUAUCUCUCUUUAGGGUCUGAUCACCUUCGAGAGAAAGACGGACUAUGGGCCGUUCUAGUUUGGCUUUCAAUCCUAGCAGCUCGAAAGCAGAGCGUAGAAGAAAUUGUCAGGGAUCACUGGGCGAAGUUUGGUCGACACUAUUACUGCAGGUUUGAUUAUGAAGCGUUGGAACCCAGAACAGCAUAUUUCAUAAUGAGAGACCUGGAAGCUUUGAUCACUGAUAAGUCAUUCAGCCACCAGCAGUUUGCUGUGGGCAGCAGUAUCUACAGCGUGGAAAGAACAGACAGCUUUGAGUACAUAGAUCCUGUGGAUGGCACUGUGACCAAAAGACAGGGGCUGCGGAUUGUUUUUUCAGAUGCUUCCAGGCUCAUCUUUAGAAUGAGCGCUUCUAGCCAUGUGAGAGCUACUCUCCGGAUCUAUGCAGAGAGUUAUGAGAAGGAUCCUAGCCAACACAAUAAGGAACCACAGGUAAUGUAAUAACAUUGUAAGAAAACC